ACUGGUGGGUUUAGACCUAGGCUACUCUAGCCAGGACCUUCCACGCAUGACAUGGAUUACAGUAGCAGACAACACGCAUGCACAAACACAAGACUAUAGAGGUGGGUGUCUGUAUGUGCGGAGGUACCAAAGACACCGACAAUGAAACACUUGUUGUGGGUGUCGGUUCAAUGAUGCAACAGACUGAAGAUAGCGGACAGUGUUAUGUGAAAGUUCAUAGUUUUGUGUUUGGUCAAGUGAAAUGUGAUGAAUCUUCAGUUAUAUUAAAAUUCAAAAUAUUAAAAUUAAUUUUAGGCAUAAGAAAUUGCCGCUACUUCUACACAUACGUGUAAUCUCUUCCACAGCUUGUUGUUAGUUUUUAAUUUACUCUUGUAGUCCUCCGUAUUCGUACAGAACAGACAUCAUGUAUGGAAUGCUGCUGGAAAGCGUUCAACAUUUCGUACAGCUGGAGUACGGUGAAGAAGUAUGGCAGCAAGUGAGAGAGCAGGCGGACUGCAAGUUCGCCGUGUUCAACACACACCACAUCUAUCCCGACCACGUGAUGACGAGCCUCGCGGCAGCUUGUGCAAAUGUCACAGGAGAAGGCGCAACCACAGAUCAUUUCAUGCAGUUCUUUGGUCGCUGCUUCGUGCGCUUCUUUAGCAACUUUGGUUACGAUCUGACGAUCAAAGCAACUGGGCGAUAUUUCUCUGACUUCCUGCAAAAUGUAGACAACAUCCAUUUGCAGAUGCGUUUCACUUACCCCAAGAUGAAGAGCCCCUCCAUGUAUAUCACCCACGUAGAUCCUCAGGGUGUGGUGCUGGUGUACAGGAGUAAUCGGCAGGGUUUCAUUCACUACUUCAUGGGUCAACUGUACCAGAUUGCUGAAGAACUGUACAACACACAACUAGCCAUCAAAGUACUGGAGGAAGUGACAUCUGUUCCGGGUACACGGAAGGUCCUUGUCAAGUUCCGGGUAGAUUUCGAUAAUCGUGAGUUUAUCCUGUCGCGGACGGACAAGAGGACACACCUGGAGAGACUCACUCUGCCUGCCGUCCCCUGCUCAGUCCUCAUGCGUCUCUUCCCAUUCGGCCUCGUCUUCAAUGAGGACAUGCGCAUCCUAGCCGCCGGAGAGAAGCUCCUCCAGGUGUGCGGCACAAAUCCUGACGUCCUCCUAGGACAGUCCGUCACUGACAGCUUCAAGCUUCGGCGUCCUAGGGGCAUCACCUUCACUUGGAAAAAUACACUGUACCUGCAUUCUGUGCUGUUCGAGCUGGAAAUAAUCCGGACGCCGAAGGCGGAAGAUGAGUUGAGCGCAGCUGCUGUGGAAGUUACGCACAAGCCGACACUGCCCCUCCUCCUGGACCGCCGACGAGGCAGUCAGGGCACCCGCAGCAUCUUGCUCAAAGGGCAGAUGAAGUACAUCGACGACAUCAAGGCUAUCGUAUUUCUGUGCAGCCCUCUAAUAAAUAACCUGGAUGAGCUUCCAAACAUGGGAUUGUACUUCAACGACCUUAACCUGCACGGCCUAAGCCGUGAAAUGGUCUUAGCCGGAUGGCAACACUGUUCUAGACUUGAGCUGAUGUUCGAGAGAGCUGAGCAGAGAUCUUUGGAGCUGGAGAGAAACUACACCCUUCUUGACUGCUGGAAGAGGAGAGGUGACGAACUGCUGUACUCCAUGAUCCCCCGUUCGGUUGCUGACAGGCUGCGCACCGAAAAGAAUUCACUCAAUACAUGUCAGUCCUUCGACGCGGUGUCCGUUCUGUUCUGUGAGCUGGUGGACUUCAGUUCUUCAACAGUGCAGGACGCCAUGGACGUUGUUAUGAGCAUGAACGCAGUCUUCAGCUGUUUCGAUGCCCUCAUGGAUCGCUACAAUGUCUACAAGGUUGAGACUGUGGGGCAGGUGUAUAUGGUAGUGAGCGGUGCUCCAGAGUACACACCCCAGCAUGCGGAGAACGUUGCUGAUGUCUCCCUCUGCCUACUCCGGCACGUCAAGCAGCUUCAGUUGCCUUCAGGAAUCAGCAUACAAAUUAGAAUCGGAAUCCACUCUGGUCCUGUGGUUGCUGGAGUCGUGGGCCUCAAGGUCCCUCGAUACUGUCUGUUUGGAGAUACCGUCAACACUGCAGCCAGAAUGCAAACCACAAGCAUGCCUGGGAAGAUUCACAUAUCGACAACAACUCGACAACUUCUUCCUGAUCAGUAUGUCACAGAACCCAGAGGACUCGUCACAGUGAAAGGAAAAGGGGUGAUGGAAACAUUUUGGUUGCUGAACAACGCAGCUGUGGAGGAACAAACCCCGAGGAGUAACGGUGCUGCUCAAGCUACAAGUGCAGACACUCAACUUGUUAGUGUUGGGUUAACAACCAAAGUGUCAGAGAUCUCCUCUGUUUCCAUCAUCAUGGUGAAUGUGAAGCACAGCGCUGAAUCAGGCCAACGAAUCAAGUUUUUCAAUGCCGCGUCCCAGGAUGCUUCUGGUCUUGGUCUCUUGAGUCUGGUGGUACGAGAAUUGCAACGUCGUUCACAAAUUUCUCAGUGUGCCGUGUUAAAAUUAAACCUAUUUUUUUUUCAAAACAAAAUGUUGUGUCAUCAAGUUGCUGCGUGUGUGUUGGUUAUCAUUUUGUCCGUUUUAACCUAUGGCACAUAUGCAUUACCUCAGACGGAUGGCUCUGCUGAAGUUCCACCGCUACCCAAUCGACCCAAUUCCACAGUGCAACUACACUACAAUGACACCAACAAAGACGUCACUACAGAUAUUGCAGAAGUCAGCACCGAGAACAGUGGAGACAAUUCUUGCGGCUGCGUUUGUGGAGUACCGAACCGGAAGCAGAGGAUUGUUGGUGGCCAAGUGACGAAAGUGAACGAGUUUCCUUGGAUUGUUGCACUAAUUAAGCGCGGGAAGUUCUACUGCGCAGGAAGUCUCAUCACCAGACGUCACGUGCUAACUGCAGCUCACUGUGCAGACGGCUUCAACGUGAGUGACAUCCGCGCGGUUCUGGGGGAGCACAACAUGAUGAGUAAGACGGAGACAGUGGCUGUUGAGAGGAAACUGACAAAAGCUAAAGUUUAUGCCAACUUCAGCAUCUUAACCUUCAACAAUGAUAUUGCAGUCCUGGAACUCGAGUCUCCUGUGGAGUUGGGUACCACUGUCCGUCCGGCGUGUCUCCCAGCUGAUGGAAACAAGAACUACACGGGCCGAGUGGCCAUCGUAGCGGGUUGGGGCCGCACUGAGGAGAGGAAGCCGCCUUCCAGCUCCCUUCGCAAAGUGGCUGUUCCCAUCAUCUCCAGGGAGGAAUGCUUCAACUCUGGCUAUGCCAAGAACAGGAUCACAGAGAACAUGAUCUGCGCGGGGUAUGCAGAUGGCAAAAAGGAUGCCUGUCAGGGAGACAGCGGUGGACCUUUGCAUCUUGACGCAGAACGUGGCUUUAUGGAAACAGUCGGAAUAGUGUCCUGGGGUCGAGGGUGUGCCAGGCCCAAUUACCCCGGAGUGUACACGAAGGUAGCCAACUAUUUGGAUUGGAUCCAGGAGCAGAUUGGUGACGAAUGCAUGUGCCCACCCCCAUCAUAACCGCAUGCUUCCGGGGACCACGGCUCUCAGUACCUGAUUCGUUGUCACCGGUCCAACCUUCGCUUUUAUUUAUUGUGAUGUAAACGACUUGGGAUAGCGGAGCAAUAAUAAAAUUGUUCCCAAGUGAUUCAGUAAAA